AUGAAUGCUCUCUUCUUCUCUCUGUGCAUCGCACGAAGAAUCAGCUUGAAUGGCGAAACUCAGGAGGCCGUUCCAGCCUCAAGUAUUGGCAGGAAAGAUUUAUUUGUGGCACCAGCAGGCCCUCAAGGGGUAUCAAAUUAUCACGCUUCCUCCCGUGCGUCUACUGUUUCUGGUUUGCAGCCUCUUGUCCGGACUAAAUCUGCUCAAACAUGUGAUGCAUCUGCUCAAAACAGAGGAUCUAUAAACAUUAAUGGCCAGGGUGUAAAGGCUGCUCUUUCAGACGUUCAAGAAGGUCCUAUUGGUGAUCGGGAUUCUGAGAAAGAAGAGGGUGAAUGGUCUGAUGCAGAGGGCUCGGCUAAUGCUUCAACUGGUUUACAUGCACAAGAGAGAGGCCAAGUUGCAUUGAUGCAAAAUAUUGCAUGCCCAAAGGGGGUAGUGCGUAUUGUAUUAGACACUGAAACAACUGAUAAGAAAAUCAAUAGAGCUAAAGAUGGUGACGAAUAUUCUGCUUCAGAGCCUAAACCAAGAAUAUCCAGAGGAAAUGAAGCAACUCAUUCAUUGAGGCCCGUAAAUAAUCCUGGGAAACGCCCAAAGCCUGACCAGCAGAAGGAAGUAAUGUUGGGAAAGAAGCGUGGCAGGCAGACCAUGUAUCUCGAGCUAGAAGAUGUGAAGCAAGUCGGUGCUUCGAAGGCUUCAACUCCUAAGCAGAUACCUGCACCACGGGCACUAUUGAGGACAGUAAGAGAAACCCAUUCUGCACUGCCAUCUACUGAUAGUGGGGAAGAGCAAACACAAUCUGUAAUUGGGGAUGCAGAAAAGGGUGAUCUCUUGACUUAUGAAGGCAAUGAAGUUGCAGAGUCAAAUGAUUGUAAAAUCGUCAGUGAUGAAAACAGUAAUUCUGCGACUCCUGGACCUCCGAGAACAUUAAAUGGCUCGAUAGAUCUUCCUUUGCAAGUUCAAACACCUCUUGUUUCUAGUCAAAGUUCUUUGAAGCAUCAGCCUAAUAUAAAGCAACUUAGUCAGUGUUCUGGUAGGAAACCAGCAGUCAGUGGUUAUACUCAUCCUAAAUUAGCUGUAAAAAGGCAUCUUCCCCAGAAGCAAAGUUUUGUUAACGUUCAAGAUUCAUCAGUGGAACGCCUAUUGCGUGAGGUGACGAGUGAGAAAUUUUGGAAUCACCCAGAUGAACAGAAGCUUGAGCGUGUUCCAGGUCGCUUUGAUUCAGUAGAAGAGUAUAUUAGGGUGUUUGAGCCUUUGCUAUUUGAAGAAUGCAGAGCGCAGCUUUACAAUAACUGGGAGGAGUCUUCAGAAAUGGCUUCAAGCCAUGUUAGGGUGGUCAUAAAAAGCAUUGAACGACGCGAAAGGGGAUGGUUUGAUGUGGUAUUAAUGCCACCAUAUGAAUACAAAUGGACAUUUAAGGAAGGGGAUGUAGCAGUUCUUUCAAUCUGUAUGCCUGGAGCAGCCAAUGCUAGGAGGAAUGGUCCCUCACCUCCUGAAGAUAAGGAGAAGCCAGAAGUUAAUGGGCGUGUUGCAGGUACAAUGAGGAGAUACAUGCCUAUUGGUAACCAAGGACACACAGGAGUCACCCUUCACUUUUUUGUUGGGGAUAACUACAACUCCAGCAGCAAGAAUGAUGAUGAUCAUCUUUUGCGGAAGCUCCGCCCUGGUGAUCACUGGUAUCUGACUCCUCUUUGUUCUUUGGCGACAACACAGCGAGAAUACAUUGCUCUGCAUGCGUUCCGCCAUCUUCACGUUCAGAUGCAAAACGCGAUUAUUCAACCUAGUCCUGACCAGUUCCCAAAAUAUGAAGAGCAACCACCUGCAAUGCCUGAUUGCUUUACACCAAGCUUUGUUGAACAUCUACGCAGGACGUUUAAUGGACCCCAGCUAGCUGCAAUUCAAUGGGCUGCAAUGCAUACUGCUGCUGGUACGUCAAGUGGUGUGGCAAAGAAGCAAGAACCGUGGCCUUUUACUUUAGUUCAGGGCCCUCCUGGAACUGGUAAAACACAUACUGUGUGGGGGAUGCUUAAUGUGAUCCAUCUAGUCCAAUAUCAGCGUUACUAUGCUGCAUUGCUAAAGAAAUUGGCGCCUGAAAGUUAUAAGCAGGCUGAUGAGAGCAACUCAAAUAGUACGGUGGCUGUGGCCUCUGGUUCAAUUGAUGAAGUUCUGCAGAGCAUGAAUCAGAAUCUCUUUCGAACUCUUCCAAAACUCUGCCCAAAGCCUAGGAUGCUUGUUUGUGCUCCCUCAAAUGCUGCAACUGAUGAACUUCUUGCACGUGUCCUUGACCGAGGAUUUAUUGAUGGGGAGAUGAAAAUUUAUCGAGCUGACGUUGCUCGAGUUGGUGUGGAUUCUCAGAAUCGGGCAGCUCAGGCAGUUUCUGUUGAAGGAAGAACUGAGCAACUUUUGAAAAAGAGUCGUGAGGAAGUGUAUGGCUGGAUGCAUAGUUUGAGGCUUCGCGAGACUCAGUUAUCCCAGCAAAUUGCAUAUCUCCAAAAAGAACUAAAUGUUGUAGCUGCCGCUGGUCAUGCACAAGGAUCUGUUGGUGUUGACCCUGACGUUCUUAUGGCCAGAGACCAAAACCGAGAUAGGUUACUCCAAAACCUUGCUGCAAUAGUUGAAAACAGGGACAAAUUACUAGUUGAGAUGUCCCGAUUGCACAUUUUAGAAGGGAGGUUUCGAGCUGGCGGGAACUUUAAUUUCGAGGAAGCUCGUGCGGAUCUGGAAGCAAGCUUUGCUAAUGAAGCUGAAAUUGUUUUUACUACAGUUUCAAGCAGUGGGCGCAAGCUGUUCUCUCAUCUAACUCAUGGCUUUGACAUGGUUGUGAUCGAUGAAGCAGCUCAAGCCAGUGAAGUAGGAAUACUGCCACCACUUUCCCUCGGUGCAGCUCGCUGUGUUCUUGUCGGGGACCCUCAGCAGCUCCCUGCCACCGUCAUCAGUAAGGCAGCUGGAACCUUGUUAUAUAGUAGAAGCCUUUUUGAGAGGUUCCAGCAAGCAGGUUGCCCGACAAUGCUGUUAUCUGUGCAAUAUCGAAUGCAUCCAUAUAUUCGGGAUUUUCCUUCCAAGCACUUUUACCAAGGGCGCCUUACAGAUAGUGAGAGUGUCGCUUCUCUUCCAGAUGAGGUGUAUUACAAAGAUCCACUGCUGAGGCCUUAUAUCUUUUUUGAUAUUGCUGUUGGUCGAGAAUCUCAUCGAGGGGGUUCUGUCUCCUAUCAGAACACUAUAGAAGCACAGUUUUGUGUUCGUUUAUAUCAGCACAUUCAGAAAACUAUCAGAUCAUUAGGUGCCAGGAGGGUGUCGGUUGGCAUAAUCACUCCAUACAAAUUGCAACUGAAAUGUCUUCAACGGGAGUUCAAGGAUGUUUUAAAUUCAUCAGAAGGACGGGAUGUCUAUAUUAAUACUGUGGAUGCUUUCCAAGGGCAAGAGCGUGAUGUCAUUAUAAUGUCUUGUGUUCGGGCUUCAAGUCAUGGUGUUGGUUUUGUUGCAGAUAUUCGCCGAAUGAAUGUUGCUCUUACUCGUGCAAGAAGAGCCUUGUGGGUGAUGGGAAACGCAAAAGCGCUGGAGCAGUCUGAUGAUUGGGCUGCUCUAAUUAAUGAUGCCAAAGCUCGAAAAUGUUACUUAGACAUGAAUUCUCUGCCUAAAGAAUUUUUCUCCGAGCCUUCUACUUAUGGUGCGUUUUCGUCCACGAUCUCUAAUGCAAGGGGUUUGGGAUCUGGACCGAGUUAUAGACCACAGGAGUCAUAUUCAAAUUUCGGACCUUCAGAAGUGGAGGCAAAGUCAACUUAUCCUUAUAUUGCUCGACUUGGAAGUAAUCAGUUCAUGAGGCCACCAGGAACAUAAAUUCUUACAUGAGUUCGAUGACAGCUGGGAAAUGAAUGCUUCCGAAGGCGGCUAAUGUUUUGGGAAAGCAAAGCUUGAACUCGUCAGCUGCUGCAAAGAUGCAAAUAUCAAUUCUCCACGGUCCUCGGAUUAUUGCUACCGGAAUCCUUCUCUUCCUGAGAUUUUUUUAUAGAACAUGUGAUUUUAAGGUUGAAAACAGACGCUAAGUUUCCAUUGAAUUAGGGAGUAAUUGAAAGGGAAGAAGUUUGAGUGCAUUGUCCUGUCUCGUGUUCCAGCUUCAAAGAUGUUCAGAGAGGAGGGGUCCAAAUGGCCGGGCAACUGCAUUUUCACUGAAGGAUUCCGAGCUCAGUGAUUACUGAGAAACUGGAGCGUUCAUCUGCUAAGUAUGCCCGAGCUAUACUUCCUCGCCUGAAAAUGAUCUCGGAGAUGGAGGGUAAUGGUGAUAAUGUUAUCGAAGAUGGCUCACAUCUGAGCUGUUGGAUUUGCUUCAAGGCUGCCCGGUGGUGAAACCAUGCCGGCAUUUAACCUGAGGCAACCCGACUUUCAAGAUUGAGGCCUGCCCACAAGGAACCUGAGGCAAACCGAUCGCCUCAUGUCCCUAUGAAAAAUGAGGCCCCAAAUAUGCUUGCGAUUUUUCUGUUAAUGAUUAUAUGGUUUGUAAAACUAGUUAUUAAAUAUUAUGCAGUUCACUUUGAAAUAAUUUAUGCAUUUAGACCUUUUGGUUUGUAUAA